AUGGUUUCUAGAUCUGUUAAUUCAUAUAGCGAUACGUCUGAUGAAGAUACAUUGCUUUUCAACCUGGAUAUGUCGGGUUUACCUCAGACGCAUAACCAGCAAUUAACAAACUCACUGACAAAGGAGAACCAAAGACCUAUUACUAAUAAGAAUUUGAAAUUAAACCUGGAAGAAGAUGAAUUUGCCGAUAAGAGGACACUCUUUGAGUCUUAUCAUGAACACAAGUCGAGCACGGAUGACGAUAGUGAUGAUCCGGUUAAGUUUGGCUCACAUUCGUCAGACGGGUCAAAUACAGACCAUAAUACGUAUACUGAUGAUUUUGGGAACAGAUACGAUCACGUUGAUUUUAACUCAAGGAAAUAUACACUGAAGUUGAAGUUUAAAGGGAACAGAUUGGUGUACUUCACGUCUGCGUUUGUAUCACUAUUUGUUUCAUUAUUUGGAUACGAGCAGGGAGUUUGUUCUGGGAUUUUAACAUUUGUUACUUUUAUAAAAUAUUUCAAUGAGCCUACUUCAUCGGAAGUAGGUACAAUCAUAUCUAUUUUGGAAAUAGGGGCGAUGAUUUCGUCGAUGCUUGUUUCGAAAAUUUCCGAUAGGUAUGGUCGUAAGAGGACCAUUUUGUUGGGGACUGUUAUCUUUAUGAUUGGAGGAUUAUUACAAACAUUUGCUACAAACUUGUACGUGUUUGGUGUUGGUAGAGUUAUCAGUGGGUUUGGUGUGGGUAUUUUGUCCACUAUGGUGCCUUCUUAUCAAUGUGAGAUAUCUCCAUCAGAAGAAAGAGGGAAAUUAGUAUGCGGCGAGUUCAGUGGUAAUAUUGCUGGAUAUGCCUUAAGUGUGUGGGUAGAUUAUUUCUGUUACUUUAUUCAGGAUAUUGGUGAUGCUAGAGAAAACCCCCAUACGUUUGCAGCAAACUUAUCUUGGAGACUUCCAUUAUUUAUACAAGUUGUAAUCGCAUUCGUGCUACUUCUAGGAGGCUUUUUUGUGGUCGAAUCACCUAGAUGGUUGCUUGAUGUCGAUAAUGACCAACAGGGUUUCCAUGUUUUAUGUUUAUUAUAUGAUAGUUCACCAGACGAUGAUAAACCACGUAAAGAGUUCUUCAUGAUUAAGAAUUCUAUCUUAAAUGAAAGAAAGUUGGUUCCUAAGGCCGAAAGAAGUUGGCGUAAGAUGUUUUCUAACUAUUUAACGAGAGUGUUAAUUGCCUGUUCGGCAUUAGCUUUUGCCCAGUUCAACGGUAUCAAUAUCAUUUCUUACUAUGCUCCUAUGGUGUUUGCAGAAGCAGGCUUCAACGACUCCAAAGCACUCUUGAUGACUGGUAUCAACGGCUUGGUGUAUCUUGCAUCCACCAUCCCUCCAUGGUUUCUUGUCGACAAAUGGGGCCGUAGGCCAAUCCUUAUCAGUGGUGGCUUGUCCAUGGCCGUAUGCUUUGCUCUUAUAUCCUAUAUUAUGUAUCUCAACCAAUCAUUUACUCCGACAUUGGUUGCAUUGCUCGUUAUCGUCUACAACGCAUCUUUUGGCUACAGUUGGGGCCCCAUUGGCUUCUUGAUUCCUCCAGAAGUAUAUCCAUUGGCCGUAAGAUCCAAGGGAGUCUCACUCUCUACUGCCACAAACUGGCUAAGCAACUACAUUGUGGGUCAACUCACCCCUAUCCUCCAGGAAUCAAUUGGCUGGGUUAUGUACAUCUUCCCAAUGUGCAGUUGUAUCAUCUCGGUAUUCUUUGUGUACUAUUUCUACCCAGAAACUAAGGGUGCGGAAUUAGAAGAUAUAGACCGUUUAUUUGAUGAAUUUUACGGCAAGAAAACUCCUAUGAACGAUUAUUCUUUGGUCGCAAACACUGCGGAUAACAUAAAUGACUUGGAACUCGACGAUUUGGAUGAUUUAGACUACGAAUCGACUGAGCCUACGUCUAGAAGACAUUUAUUAUGA